AAAUUCGCGGGCAUGAUUGCGUGUUUGUUGAUUUCCUUGUCUAAUUUGCCUUGUCUAUCUACCUAGUAAUACGCCGUCAGCCGUGGAACUUUGAGCGCCUUGGAAGCAGCUGUAGGUGGGGUGCACAGGAGAGACCACAUGACAAUAUCUCCAUGGUUCCACAUCGUUCUACAGUACGCAAGAGAGGUGCCACUUGUGUGGUUCAGCAUCAUCAUUUGCUUGCGGUGAGCCGAGUGGCGUCUGGGGCUGGGGGGAGUCCUGUGGAUGUCUGUCUUUUCUCGUAUCAAGCAAGCGAGUACUGUAGGCGGUAGUAGCAGCAACAGUAGCAGCAGUGACAGUAGAGAGAAGAGAGAGGAGGAGAUCCAGGCCUUCCCUGAUAGUGGCAGUUCUGGUUCAGUCUCGCAUGCCGUGCUGCAUCUGCCAUCUGCCAUCUGCCAUCAGGGUGGGCUUGCAUGGCAGCGCAUCGGCAUCCUAGUUCUAGCCCUAGCGAUAAUCAUAUCUGUCAGACGAUGGGAGCCGGCUCGGUGGUAACGGUUCCAGAGUUUGAACUUUGCGGGAGGUAGUCAAGAAAAUAUAAGGCGACAACUUUCCGACAGCCCUGUGCGAUUGGAAAGGUUUCGUCCCUGUUCUGCCAC